AUCCCCGGCCGUCCGCGGGCAGUACAACUGAGAGGGGGAAAAGGAAACUGCCCAGUCUGCAGCCUUGGUGGCGGGCCGAGUGCAGAGCUUGGAGCCCGCGGGGGCGGAGCGGCGAGAGCGGCCGCCAGGAGAGAUCACACCCCCGGCCGAUCAGGCCCGCCAGCGAGCUUGACCCCGGGCGUCCAUGGGGCAUCGGCCCGGCCCGGCCCCGGCCCCAACCCCCGUCUGCUGCGCGCGCCUGCCCUGACCAGGACUUGGGACUUUGGGAGAGGACUGUGCGGCCCGGAGAGGUGUCGGAGAUCACAAUGGCUGAACAACUCCUUCCUCAGGCUUUGUAUUUGAGCAAUAUGCGGAAAGCUGUGAAGAUAAGAGAGAGAACUCCAGAAGAUAUUUUUAAACCUACCAAUGGGAUCAUUCAUCAUUUUAAAACCAUGCACCGAUACACACUGGAAAUGUUCAGAACUUGCCAGUUUUGUCCUCAGUUUCGGGAGAUCAUCCAUAAAGCUCUCAUUGACAGAAGCAUCCAGGCUUCCCUGGAAAGCCAGAAGAAGCUCAACUGGUGUCGAGAAGUGCGGAAGCUUGUGGCCCUGAAAACGAAUGGUGAUGGCAACUGCCUCAUGCAUGCGGCUUCUCAGUACAUGUGGGGUGUUCAGGACACAGACUUGGUUCUGCGGAAGGCACUCUUCAGCACACUUAAGGAGACAGACACACGCAACUUCAAGUUUCGCUGGCAACUAGAGUCUCUCAAAUCUCAGGAAUUUGUGGAAACGGGGCUUUGUUAUGACACUCGGAACUGGAAUGAUGAAUGGGACAACCUUGUGAAAAUGGCUUCCACAGACAUGCCAGUGGCCCGAAGCAGUCUUCAGUAUAAUUCACUGGAAGAAAUACACAUAUUUGUCCUUUGCAACAUCCUCAGAAGGCCUGUCAUUGUCAUUUCAGACAAAAUGCUAAGAAGUCUGGAGUCGGGUUCCAAUUUCGCACCUUUGAAAGUGGGUGGAAUUUACUUGCCUCUCCACUGGCCUGCCCAGGAGUGCUACCGAUUUCCCAUCAUUCUCGGCUACGACAGCCAACACUUUGUACCCCUAGUGACCCUGAAGGACAGUGGGCCUGAAAUCCGGGCUGUUCCACUUGUUAACAGAGACCGAGGAAGAUUUGAAGACUUAAAAGUUCACUUUUUGACAGACCCUGAGAAUGAGAUGAAGGAAAAACUCUUAAAGGAAUACUUGAUGGUGAUCGAAAUCCCUGUCCAAGGCUGGGACCAUGGCACGACUCAUCUCAUCAAUGCUGCAAAGUUGGAUGAAGCUAACUUACCCAAAGAAAUCAACCUGGUAGAUGAUUACUUUGAGCUUGUUCAGCACGAGUACAAGAAAUGGCAGGAAAACAACGAGCAGGGGAGGAGGGAGGCGCAUGCUCAGAACCCUUUGGAGCCCUCCGUGCCCCAGCUUUCUCUCAUGGAUGUAAAAUGUGAAACGCCCAACUGUCCUUUCUUCAUGUCCGUGAACACCCAGCCUUUAUGCCACGAAUGCUCAGAGAGGCGGCAAAAGAAUCAAAACAAACUCCCAAAGUUGAACUCCAAGCCAGGCCCCGAGGGGCUCCCUGGCAUGGUGCUGGGGGCCUCUCGGGGAGAGCCCUUGGCUUGGAACCCCGAGGAGAUGGCUGGGGGGCCUCACUCGGCUCCACCGACGGCGCCCAGCCUUUUCCUGUUCAGUGAGACCACCGCCAUGAAGUGCAGGAGCCCUGGCUGCCCGUUCACGCUGAACGUGCAGCACAACGGAUUUUGUGAGCGCUGCCACAAUGCCCGGCAGCUACAUGCCAGCCACACUGCAGACCGCAUGAGGCAUCUAGAUCCCGGGAAGUGCCAAGCCUGCCUCCAGGAUGUCACCAGGACAUUUAAUGGGAUCUGCAGUACUUGCUUCAAAAGGACUACAGCAGAGCCCUCCCCCAGCCUCCCUCCCUCCUGUCACCAGCGGUCCAAGUCGGACCCGUCACAGCUCAGCCGGAGUAUCUCCCCUCAUUCUUGCCACAGAGCUGGAAAUGACAUCCCCUCUGGCUGUCUCUCUCAGGCCAUACGGACUCCAGGGGACAGGAUGGGUAUGAGCAAGUGCAGAAAAGCUGGAUGCAUGUAUUUUGGGACUCCAGAAAACAAAGGCUUCUGCACACUGUGUUUCAUCGAGUACAGAGAAAAUAAACAUUUUGUCGCUGCCUCAGGGAAAGCCAGUCCCACAGCCUCCAGGUUCCAGAACACCGUUCCGUGCCUGGGGAGGGAAUGUGGCACCCUCGGAAGCACCAUGUUUGAAGGAUACUGUCAGAAGUGUUUCAUUGAAGCUCAGAAUCAAAGAUUUCAUGAAGCCAAAAGGACUGAAGAGCAACUGAGAUCGAGCCAGCACAGAGACGUGCCUCGAACCACACAGAGUGCCUCAAGGCCCAAGUGUGCCCAGGCCUCCUGCAAGAACAUCCUGGCCUGCCGCAGCGAAGAACUUUGCAUGGAGUGCCAGCACCCCAACCAGCGGGUGGGCCCGGGGGCCCACCGGGGGGAGCCCGCUCCGGAAGAGCCCCCCAAGCAGCGCUGCCGGGCCCCCGCCUGUGAUCACUUUGGCAAUGCCAAGUGUAACGGCUACUGCAACGAGUGCUUUCAGUUCAAGCAGAUGUAUGGCUAACUGGAAACAGGGGGCCCAGCCCCCCCAAGAAGAGGGGCUUGCAGCUGCCGGCCACCAUGGUGCUAUCUUCUAAACCCUCAGCUGCCACUGGAGGGUCAGUCCCUGCCACAGUGGGCUCGAGGGUGUCUUUGAGCAGAGGAGGAAAGAUAAGCUCUUUGUCAUGCCAUGAUGCUCGUGUUUGGUAAUCAGGGAGUGUUCCCAGGUGGCCUUAGAGAGCACAGCUUGUGACUGGCAGUGGAUGACACCAGAUUCAGCCCAGGGCUCCUCCUCUCCUACCAAGCGGAGGCCAGGAACUUCUCUGGACUUGGCCGGUGUGCUAGGACUGGCCACGGCCCCUGCAACUGGCCCUCGUGCAUUGUGUCAUCAUCUCGGGAGAGAAGGAAAAAGACAUGCAAUCAGGCCAUUGGGAAACCCGGAGCCAUUCUACCUAGCCUCCUUCAGUGUUUCCCAGAGUCAUGAAGUGGAAGCAUCGCGGCACCAAGGCCCUUGCAAGAAGUUCAAGGAAACUCAGGGAAAAUGGACCUAUUCGGAGAGUGUCAGUAGUUAGUGGUUUUCCCUGCCUGCCUAGUUCCUUUCCUGGCGUCCUGACAGAAAAGCAGAACCAUCCACGGACUGUGAUUUGGAGGCUGCUGAGACUGAACAUGUUCAUGUUGAAAAGAAAACAGGCUGCUCUUUACAAUACACACCUUUUAAAAAUCAAAAUAUUUUAGUGGGAAGACGUGGAACUCUUUAGCUCACCACUGUCUUCACUUCUAAAGAGGUUAGCUUGAACUGAGGUGUGUGUAAAAACGUGUACAUAUAUAAUAUACCCUUAUAUUAUGUAUGAGGGAUUUUUUUUUAUUCUAUUGAAAUGCUGCCCUAGAGGUAUCAAUAGAAAGCAAUAAUAAUAACCUGUUUUCUGGUUGUUGUUGGGGCAUGAAUUUGCAUGAAUUCAUAGUUUGCAUGAACUCAACCCGCUGCCUUUUUAAAGGGAGCUCUCCAGUUUUGUGUGUCAUUCACUUUAUUUAUUUUAUUACAAACUUCAAGGUUAUUUAAAUGAAGAUAUUUCUUCCGCUCUGGGGAAAAUGCUGCAGUGUCUGCCUGAGUGAACGCAUUUGCUUUGGGUCAGGUUAUGGAACCAGGCAAGUUCCUGACCACAGUGAGGAAGUUGGCCUCUGAUUCCCUUUGCUUCCCUCCUCAGGAAAGAAGGAAUUGGAUCAAGAGUCAGUUUGCUAAAGUCUUACACUUCUCCUUAUGAAACUCCAGCCAUAUGAGAAGAAACUGUUCUCUGUUCUCUGUGUUCUAUAGCUGCCUGGGUGUCCUACCUCCUCGGAGGGAAGGAGCAGGGACGAGACUGAGGAUGGUCACAGGAAAAGAUGUGGCCUUUCACGAUGGUUCUGUUUGCUGUGUCCUGGGGGGUUGGCCAGUCACCUUGCAUCCUAUCAUACCCCAGCAUUGGGACAGCAAAAUUCAGUGACCGUGUGAGGAAAUUUCUGUCUGUCCUUGGCUUGCAGUUUCUCUGUGUGCUUUGUGUCGCUGUCAUAUUUGCUCUAGAAUACAAGGAGGGGAAAUGCAUUUUCCCCAGAGCUAAAGGCUGCCAUUUUGGAGGUCUGGGAUUAUGACAUGAAGACAUUUGUGAUCUAUAACCCUACAUAGCCUUUACUCAUAUUAUUAGACAUGUUUUCCAUUUGGAGCACCCUAAGUGUUUUCCUCUGGCAUAAAUCUUUAUGAUUUCUUUCUAAGAGUGUCAAAUAAACUCCAGUGUUGUCAUCUAGUUCUCUUAAAGUUGAUAUCUUAUUAUUUUGUGUCUACCAAUAUUUUCAUUCUUAAUGUGAAAAAAUGGAAUUAUUUAUACUUAUACAAGGUAUUUGAAAUUUGCACAUUUAGUUGUCUCCAGUAGAAAACUGUCUACUCUUAUUGGAUUUCUUCAAGUUUUCCUAAAUAAAUGUAACUUUUCACAAGAGUCAAUAUUAAAAAAUAAAUUAUUUAAGAACA